AUGGGGUUGUCGAGCUCGACAUUGGAGAUGGCAAAGCUUGCCCGAGUGCUUCUCUCCGCAGAUGCUGCCUCACCCGAGUCCCUGACACAGAUUCUUACCACGACCAUGACAGAGGAGGAAACGGCCCAGGUCUUUCCAGUGGAGCAAGUUCGCCAGCUGAGGCACCUCUACACGCGCAACUUCGCAGCCUUGCUCUACCGUUGCAUUGGUGCCAUUUCGGCGGUGGCCGUGAAGCGGGACGAGGUCAACACGAGCACCAGCUCCCCCAGCGCACUUCUCACGACGGAGGUGAUGACGCAGUACCACUCCGCGCUGCGCAUUCUGCGCUGCGUCCUUCCAAUAGCACUCGAAAGCGGGACGACACCGCUCAACGAGGCGGUGGAUGUGCGUCCAAACGGCCAUAAUCCGGCGGCGCCGCCAGACGUGACCCGCUCACGGACGGCGGCCACAGCGCACUUCCAGCAGCUCUUCUUUGUUGAAGGGAAGACAUGCGAUGAUGCAAAUCCGGAGGAGACGUUUCCACUGCUGCCCCAACAGGACGUGCAUCUCUCCCCAAUGCAGCCGUACGCCAAGCCACUUCCUCUGGGGUCAUUUAUGAUGUGGUCAUUGGUUGAGUGCUGCUUUGUGCGUGGUCUGACCUUGCCGGAGCUUCCUGUGCUACCCACGGAGGCCAGGAUCAGCAUCACGCAUGCAGAGGUAGACACAGGACUAAUGUGGUGCCCAGGGCUUGCCUCCGAAGAUCCUAUUCAGGCCUUUACCAUGAAGACGAGCAUGCCGAAUUUUACCUGGGCGAUGCCACGACUGCCUCGACUUCGGAAAGCGCUCCUCGAAGUCCUGUUUGUGGCACUGUCCUCGCCGGUUUACCACGAAGCUGGUUUCCGAGACACUAUCUUCCUAGAUCCGCUUCUGUCCACCUUGACGGUGCCGUUGAUGCCCACUCUCUCCAUCUCAAUGCUCAACGCUAUUCUUCAGUUUGUCCCGUAUGGAUAUCUACCCUACACAAGCCAUCUGGGCGUCGAGGAAAAGGAACUGGUUGUGGCGAGCGCUCGACUGCUCAACACUACCUUGUGCUACAUCGGUGUCCCACUGGAUUCUGUACCUCUGUCUGAGAGGCAGCACUCCGCUGCAGACGACGCCGUUCCAUCACUGGAUCAGCAGGUUUCCAAGGCGAGUGAUGCACACGCCAGCGAGCAGGUGAACUCUACGGCGGCAGACGGAUCCGAGAUGGGCACUGUUGACCACCCGGAUGGAGGUCAUCCCAGCUGUACUUCAGAGGCGUCGUCACCACCUACCUCGGGCCACGACGGUGCUCGCUGUGACGCCUUUGUAUUGAACACAUCACACUCGCGGUCUGGCGGCAGCGGGCCUUCCACGCCGCCGGUGUCGCAUGUCGGACCUCCGCGCUUCGUGCACAGUGUGCGCAAGGCGCUUCGGGAUAUCACUCUGACCGAGGCAAAGGCACUCGUGCAGCGCAUGCAAGUCAUCCUCGGUGUGAAUGUGUACUCCCGUCAGACGUACCUGCCUAUCUCGCAAGACUGGUUUACCUCCUUGGAUGACUUCAUGAUGCUGCUUUGGAAGAUACUCGACUUAUCACCGGCGUGUCUGGCGCAGUUUGGCACAAGCGCCUACGCCUUAGACUACGUCAUUCCUAUACUCGAUUACGCCCUCGCUGUGCGUCGCAGCCCCCAUUACACGUACCAGUUCCAGCUGAUGCUUUUCGUGCUGACUCGCCUCUCAGAAGUGCGGGGAUUCGUGUUGCAGUGUAACCAAGUGUGUAGGGCAACCCUGCCCUUUCGCUUUCCGAAGAUGUCUCCGACGCGCACGUACAAUGGGCUCAUCGUGCUUGCCCUGUGUCUCGUAAUGGAGAUGAAAGAUCUGCAGGCGCUCGUUCCGCUCUUCCCUUCGUGCACUGUGGUCCUGAUGAACAUGGCACCGUUCAUUACCUCUCUCGGGCGAGAGCCCUCCAUAAAACUGGUUUCCGUCUUUGCCCAAGUAACCUACCGCUGUUUGCGCAGCACCUUACCAAAUUCGUCUGGCAGCAGCCCAACAGGGGAUGCUGCAGGCAGAGUACCUCUUUCUGCGGGGAUGUCGAACAACCUUGUGCACCAAUGCCAAAUGGUGAAUCUCUGCGAGGCCAUUGCAAGUCUGCUGCAGUACCAAGCGAACGGCUCCCUGUACCUGAUUGCUUCCCUUGUGGAUCACCGCGCAGUGGUUCGAGAGGCGAAGGACGCCUACGUGGUACAGCGCACCAAGGAACUCACAAUGAAGGUGCCUUUUCCGUUCCUCAUCAACACUCUCGACGCCGCUGUGGCGGUGGCCCUUCCAGUGCUGGAGAGCACUGUUGCACUGAGGAAUGUCACCAAGUACUACGUAGACACAGCACCUGAGUCAACUGUGAACAACGCAACUGCUGCGGUGGGGGUUACGAGGACGUUUACACAUCAGAUGGGGAUGGGCGAGCCGGGUGCUGGUCUGGCUGCCAGCGACGAGGCUGUCGAUCGACUGCGGUCGGUGACGUUGGUGGGCGUGCUCCCCACCCCCCACAGCAUCGUUGUUCGAAAAUUUCAGUCCACUGAGAGCGUCGAGCAGUGGACAGCGACGACAUUCUGGACAAGUGCGUUCAUGCACUCCUAUCCUGGGCUGCUGGGAGAUCGGGACUCGGUUAAGCUGGUGCAAUUUCUGUGA